AUGUCGAACAACUUCUACCUCCAGGGCACUCCCGAUGAUGUCAAGAAUGCUAAGGCACUGCAUUUGAUUACGCAGAACACGCCUAACGGACAGGCGGUCCAAGUCUUUUUGGAGGAACUGAAAGAUGCCUAUGGCACCGAAUGGACCACCACCCUGAUCGACAUCAGCACGAACGAGCAGAAGAAGGACUGGUUCCUGAAGCUUGACCCGAAUGGUAGAUACAUGUGCCGCAUCCCCGUCCUCGUCGACAACACCCAAUCCCCUCCCUUCACCGUCCACGAGACCUCCGCCGAACUCUUCUACCUCCUCAAAUUCGCCGACAAGCAAGACAAGUUCGGCUUCAGCGAUGACUUGGAGCGUAACCAAGCCUUACAGUGGACCUUCUUCUGGCAUGGCUCUGGGGCUCCUUAUCAAGGACAGGUGAACCACUUCACCCGCGUCGCCCCCGAAAAGAUCGAAUACGCCAUCAAUCGGUUUAAGAAUGAGACCUUGCGAGUCUUUGGCGUGUUGGAGAUUCACUUGAGCGGAAAGUAUACCGGUGAGGUCAAGGAGUACUUAGCUGGGAAUGGAAAGGGAAAGUAUAGCGUUGCUGAUAUCAAGACGUGGCCAUGGGUGAAGAACUGGGAGAGGAGUGGCUUCACGAAGGAACAGGUGCAGGAUUUCCCGCAUUUGUUGAGGUGGAUUGAUCGUAUUGCGGAGAGGCCUGCGGUGCAGAGGGGAAUUGGGGAGGGGUAUGUUAAGAAGUAG